GAGGCCCAACUCAUCCACCAUGGGAUCCAGCCUUCCAAGGUGAAAUCUGUAGCACGCAUGCGACUUUUUGACGCAGUUCGAAAAGGAACUUUGUCUGUGCCUUCAUCCAUCACAGAUUUGGAAAAGAAGCUGAAGACGGAGCGGAUAAAGCGAGAGAUGGAAGAUAUGAAGAAAGCAGCACAGGGGCUUGAAGCCGUAGCCGCGUCGCAGGCAGGGUCCUCGCUAGAGGCCGCGACUGGAAAGAGGAAAGCUGAUGUUACCGUCAACGUAACGAUUAAUACGAAUUUACCAGGAAGUGUUGCUUUUACUACGGCCAAGAGAGCUAGCACAUCUGCGUCAUUGGAAGAAAGCUCUGCUCCAGCACGGCAAUCUGCAACAAAGCAAACUGCCCGUCGUGACGGCAGUUCACAAGCAUUCAGCCGCCAAGAGCCUGCCUCACGCACUUCACCAGUUCCUUUCUGUCUAUUGGGACGAGCAGCAAGACUUAGUCGUCCAUUAGCUCUACAGUGGCGUAUCUAUUCAUUGACACAUCAAGACAGUGAAUAUAGGGACUAUACAAAUCCCUUCGACCAGCCCCCUCCACCAUAUCAAGACAACUACCAAGACCAAAGCAGACACGAAGGGAAUCAUCCUUCAGUCCAAAGGGCAAGGCUCCCAUCUCUUGGCCCUCUGAAUGGCCGAUACGAUAUCAGUUCCCGGUCUGUUGACGAACAGCGGCCCGAGUACGCAUCAAGACUCAAUCUCGUGCUUACUCUAGCUGGUCCUAGCCUAUGGGGGAGAUUCGACCUGGGCCUCGUCGAAGGGGUGAUGUAUUUUCAAGAACGGCCUUGCAGUUCGUCUUUGGACGCAGUGCCAUUUUCUUGGCGUGGUCAUGAGCCCAACGGACCCAUAUCUUACGACGAUAGAUACAACAAAGGCUGGAUAAAGUUUCUUGGGGACGGUCGCAUCGAAGGAUGGAUUAACCAUCUAGGUAUCUAUUUCGAAGGUCAUCGAAAAUCGGACCAGGCGAUCAGAAGCGAUAUUGAUGCGCAGACUAUGAAGAGGAUGUGGGAUGAAUACAAUAUGGAGGACGAAUACGAGCAGCAGAAUCGAGAGCGUUGGUAG